AUGGAUAGAAUAAGAAAAAAGGCUUGUGAAUUAUUUGUACCAAUUGUAAAAGAUGGAAGAGAUUGCAGUGUUUGUGGGUUAUCAUUACUUCAACAUUCAUUAGUCCUACCCAAACAAAAUAUUGAAACUGAUUUUGGAACAGAUAAAUCAAAUAACUCCGAUUUUACCUAUUCAUUUAAUAAUAUUUUACCUGAAAAAAAAUAUUCACCUCAUAAAUCUGAUUUAUCUUAUAAUAGUGAAAAUAAUAUAUUAUCUAAUAAAAUGAAAAACGAUUUAAUACCAUCAAUAAAUUCAGCUUUCUCAGAAUAUAGAAAAUUACCAUUAUAUUCUUCUACUAAAAAAAAUGAAAAUUCAACAUUAUCUCCAAUUAAAUUAUCACAGUCAUCAUCAUAUAAAGUACCAGAAACAAUUAUUUCAGUUAGUAAUACAGAAAUAAUUAAACCAAAACCUGUUCAUCAACGUAAAUCAUUUGCUUUUGGAGAAAGUGUACCUCCAUCUAUAGAUUUUUCUUCAAAUAAUAAUUUAAGUUCUUCACAAUCAACUAAUAGAGAUAUUGUUUCACCUCUUAAUAAUAAAGAACAUAAAGAAAAUAAUAUACAAAGAUCAAAAAAUUUUCGAGAUAUAUUAUCAAAAUUUCAAAAUGCAUCAAAUAAUUUUAAUAGACAAUAUUCAUUACGUUAUCCUUCAUCUACUUCAGGAGCCAUCCUUCAAAAUAUAAAUGUUACUAUUCCUUCAUCUAUUAUUUCAGGUUCAAAUACUGUUUCUGGAAGAAGACCACGUACUAUAAGAAGAAGUACAUUAGGAAUAAGUAAAAUUUCUACUUCAAAUUCUUCCUCUAACUUACAACAUUAUUAUCAACCAUCUUUUUUAGUUGAAAGUAAUAAUAAAAGACAGGUAGAAGAUAAUGUUGAUAGUAUAAGUAUUACUGAAGACAAUAAGACAACUUUACCUAAUUACAAUAAUAAUAUUCAUAGACAUAGAGAACUAGAUAUUUCUUUAUAUAAAGAGGAACAACAAAAUCAAAAUUUACUUUCACCAACAAAUACUUGUCAUAAUAAUAGUAGUCAAAAUAUUUUUGGAAGUGUAAAUUCAAUGAGAGCUAGUAGUGUAACUAGUGGUACAAGAAGCCCUCUUUCUCCUAUUGAUGGAACAAUUUCUAAAAGACGUAAUAGUUAUAUAAAAGAUCUUCAACCAAAAUUAAAUAUCUCUGAAUCAUGUUAUUCUCCAAAAUUUAAUAUAUAUACACCAUCAGAAGAUGAUUCAACAUAUUGUAAAAGAUUUUCAAGAAAGGAUGAUUUAGUUAAUGAAAUAUCAUCUCAACAAUUAUCCUCUUCACGAAAUUUAUCCUUAUCAUCUUCAUAUAAUAAUACCUUACAAACAAAGAAAACAACAUCAAAAUAUUUAAAAUCAAAUACACCUAAUAUAGAAAAUAAUGAUAUAAAAAUUUCACCAAUACCAAAUCAAAGAAUUAUAUCUAGACCACCGUCAGUUAAUAGAUUGGGUUCAGAUUCAGGGUGUGUAAGAGAAAAUUCUUCUUCUGUUUGUGUAUCACCAAGAUCACCAGAUUAUCGUGGAAUAGAUAUUAAUUUAAGAAAAAAAUUUACAGAAAAGGAAGCAUAUCAUGAAAUUAUUUCUAAUCAAGCAACAACAUUAGCUAUGGUAGCAGAAAAUUUUAAUGAAAUUUCAUCUAAUUGUUAUCCAGAACAAAGAUUAAUUAGUAAAGAAUUUUUAAAUCGAUUAAAUUUUUAUCAAAUUAAUUUUAAAUAUUCAUCACCAAUUAUAAUUAAAGGUUCAAUUAUAAUAUCAGAUGCAGAAAUUGGAACGGGUUAUGGAGGUAAUGAUGUUAAAGUUAGUGUUAUGAUGUCACCAGCUGCUCAUUAUUCACCAUUAAUGGGAAGACAAGCACAAGUUUCAGGUUUUGGUCCAGUUAUAUUAACAGAAUUUGAGGAAAACUCUAAUAAUAUGAGUAAUUUUUUAAAUAGUUGUGGUAUUUAUAAAAAAAACUAUAUUAAUUAUAAAAUAACAGUUAUGCCAUCACAAAUAUGUUGUAGUUUUCAUACACUUGCUGCACAAUUUUUACAUCAUAGUAGUAAUUCAAUUAAUCCAACUAAAUAUGAAGAACAUGUAUGUUUUAUUAUGUUACAAUUAUUAACUGCAUUAAAAUAUCUUCAAUCAGAUGGUGUAGAAAGAUUAAGUACAAAUUUUAAAGAAUUUCUUAUUACAUAUCAUCAUUCAGAUUUACAAAUAUGUUUACAAACUUUUGAAUAUUUACCAAGAUUAUUUUUAUUAAAAGAAGCUAUAGAUGUUAAUGAAGAUGAAAAUCAAAAUGUUGGAAUGUGUAAAUAUGCAAUGCGUGCUUUAUAUACACUUUUAAAUCAUAAAAUGCAUACAAUAAUUCCAGAAAUUAUAGAAAGAAGUGAAUUUUCAUUUCCACUUAAAAGAUGUGCUGAAUUAUUAUCAAUGGAUAAAUCAUCAUCAUUAUCAGAAGCAAAAAGUGUUUUAGAGAUGGCAUUUUUUGUUGGUCCAACAAAAUUUGUUCAAGAAGAUGAAGCAAAAAUAUGGUUAGAUAUAAAUAGAGCAAAUCUAUUAAAUAAAAUAUUAGGAAUUAUUUUAACAAAAAAUGAAAAUUUCCUUGAUUUAAAAGAAAAAAUGCAUAUACAAUUUUUGUUAUCAUCAACCCCAAAAAGUCUAUGUCAGUCACUCAAAAUUUUAUCCAAUGGAAGUCUUCGAAAUAUUUCAAAUAUUCAAGAUUCUGAAUGUUAG